CAGGGUCUCACUAUUAUGAGCUCCUCUCAAACAUCCGUGUACUCUGUAAUGAUUAGAGGGACAGUAUGGUUUAUUAUGUUGCUGCUCUGCCCCGGUCAACUGAGAGCACAGCUGGGGACUACCCCCCACAUUAAACACAUUGUGGUUGGAAGGUGCUACGAUUACAUCACACUAGUUAACCCCAGCUUGAGGUUUGACUGUGAGGAGAUCUGGAGACAGUUUGAGGAGUCGGUUGUCCAUCAGUCCUCUUGUAACGUGACGUUGGAUUAUCAUCAGAUGUUUGAUGCGAUUCCACAAACGUUGCCUUGUGAUCGGUGUCUCUUCUGGAGUAAAACCAGGGAGCUGAUGCACAGUUACAAAGCUCAUUUACGUCACUUCUGGACCCUGGAGGACACGCUGGUUGGCUACAUGUUCAACGACCUCGUCUGGUGUGGACAAGAGGAAGACUCCGGUUUUGAUUUCAGUCCUUGUCCGGCGUGGGCGGCAUGUAGACAUCACCCAGUGUAUUCCUUGUGGAGACAAGCAUCGCAAAAUUUUGCAGAAAUGGCAUGCGGUAACAUCACUGUACUUCUAAAUGGGUCCAUCGUCAACGCCUUCAAUAGGAAAAGCAUGUUUGGAAGUGUCGAACUGGACAGUCUGGACCCAUGCAGGGUGGAUUAUGUCAACAUAAAGGUGGUGACCAAUCUAGAGGGACCUUUUAUAGAAUCAUGUAGUCAAGGAUCCAUAGUAGACCUGAUCCAGAUCCUCCAGGCCAGGGGUUUCCGCUGGACUUGCACAGACAACGACGAGACCCUGAUGAUCCUUCAGUGUAUCGUGAACCCCAAACAGUCCUCCUGCCAAAGAUGUGCAAACAGCUUCUCACACAGAAAGGGCCUCACGUUUACCUGA